AUGGGCAAGAAGCACCAAAAGAAAAAGAAGAAUCAAAGGCAUCAGCAGGAUCCAAGCCUUGACAAAAGAAGAAACAACCUGUUAAUUCCGGAAACCUUGAAUUCUCCAAAGUUCUCUGUUGUGGAAAAUGAUACCGAUGAUCUGAUUAGCAAAUUACCCAAUGAGAUCCUUCUCCAUAUCCUUUCCUUGCUUCCUUUUGAUUCUGCGGUAAAAAUGAUAAAAAUCAGCCCUCUUUCCACACGAUUGAAUGACUUAUGGACUUCAGUGCAACACGGAGCUGAAGGCGACAUCGAAUCUGCCCUUGCUGACUUUCUCAAUCAGUUUGAUGAGCUUGAUCCUUUAAAGAACCAUCGAAGGCUUCAGUUUCACUUUGGCCUAGGUCAGAUCCUCUUAGCUUCCAUUGGAUUAAAUAGAAAACUUCAUCUUGAUUUUUCUAAAGGAAAACAAGAACUCCCAAGGCAGUUUCGUUGGCAGUUGAUGGGGCAGAGUUUAUGGCACCUUUUCCGCAAUGAACAUCCCUCUUUGACUCUUGUCAAAACUCUUAAAUUAACAUCAGUGAACUGUCUCAUCAGUGACACAGUUUCUUCCAUAAUUUCAAGAUUAAAUUUUCUUGAGAACUUAACUUUGAGAAAAUGGAAUGGAUUGCAAUCUGUAAGGAUCAGAGCACAUAGUGAAUUGCAAUCUCUAUGCAUUGAAGAUAUUCCGGGGCUUCAGUAUUUGAUUGUUUUGGACUGUCCCAAGCUGCAGUGUCUGUACAUUAAAGCUUGCGAACUUCAAUCUCUUCAGAUUAGAGGGAGACUUCCCCGGUUUUAUCUGGAAGGCUAUUUUUCAUUGCAAGAUGCCAAGUUUUAUUUCAGAGAAUGCUCAGCCUACAAUCACUUUAACUGCCAAGAUUUUGACUCACUCCUUCAAAGGAUAAAAAAUGUUAAAAGGCUUACACUAUGCAGAUGGACAUUCGAGGAAAUUGGGAUGGCGUGGUCACACAUGGUGCGUUUUAAAAAAUUAAAGGAUCUAUGGUGGAUUGACAACUCAAUGAAUAAAUACAACAUUUUUGCCUUGGUCUCCUUCCUGAAGAUGUGUCCUUCCUUGGAAAGACUCUUCAUAAAUAUUGAAAGGCCUUGGUACACCUGCUCUCCUUUAUGUAGCCAUCAAAGCCGUACUUACAAAAGCUAUUGCGUGCCAUGCACCAGUUGGAAGUACUCAAGGGAUGCCAUGAGACCGGUGCAACUGAAUCAUCUAAAAGUGGUAAAAGUGUUUAAACUGAAAGAAUUGAGGGAUGAAGAAGGUGUGAUUUUCUUAGCAGAGAAUUUGCUUGCGGAAUUUAAUGUGAAGCCUCGAAUCAUAGUAGCAUCACUUGAGAACCUUUCACGAAGAUUGUUGAGAAUCCCACAACAACUAGGUAAGGGCAAUCUGAGAAAGGCAGCAUCUCAAACACAGAAAAGGAAGUAUUUCUAUAAGUUUGUGGGAGAUGUUGAAGACAACAUUGAGCCUUUAAGACAUCCUCAUAUGAGUUUGUAG